AUGCUCGACAACCUCCUCCUGACGGCAGUUGUUCCAGUUAUUCCGGAGCUCCUGAUUGACUUAGAUAAGAAAUCUUUAGAGGAUACAAUACGGAAAGGACAUUUCCGAAAUUAUGAUAAUGUUACGGAUGCAAUGUUUGUGCUGAACCCGGAAGUGAAAACUCUCAGCAAUGUCACAUCCGAAACUGAUAUUGGAUUAGCCAAACGGCUGCUCAUGUCCUUCAGUGCUGUGGACGAGAACAUCUACAUCUUCGCUGCGUCCAUGGUGCCACUGCUGUUAGCCAGAUGUAUACAAGGGAUCGGGUCUGCUGCCUCCACAAUAGCAGGAAUGUGUUUACUCGCUGAUCGUUAUCAAGAUGACAACGAAAGAAGUCGGGCCAUGGGAAUGGCGAUGGGUGGAAGUGCAUUAGGUGUUGUGGUCGGUUAUCCAUUUGGUGGUUUCCUGUAUUCAUACAGCAGCAAAUAUACCCCAUUCGUUACCAUAGCGACGUUUGUUGCCUUGGAUCUUGUUUUGCAGAUAGCGAUUCUUCGACCAACUCUUCACCAGAAGUUAACAAUGGAAGGGACACCACUCCAUCGCCUGCUUAGAGACCCGUACAUACUUGUGGCAGCAGGUGCUGUGAUGUUGACGACGACGGCCAUGGCGACACUUGAACCUACAGUCCCUAUUUGGAUCAUUGAUACGAUGCAUGCUCAAAAAUGGCAGCUGGGUUUGGUCUUCUUGCCUGAUAGCAUAGGAUAUUUUGUCGGUGCUAACUUCUUUGGUGUUGCUGCUAAGAGAAUAGGCAGGUGGGUGUGUUCAUUGUGUAGUAUGCUGCUAAUUGGACUUUGUCUGUCAUUUAUCCCUCUUGCUACCAGUGUUGCCGAGCUUAUUCUUCCUCACUUUGGUCUCGGACUUGGCCUGGGUAUCACGGACGCCGCCAUCAUGCCCUUACUAGCUUUAUUGGUAGACACACGUCACGUAGCCGUAUAUGGAAGUGUGUACGCUAUAGCACAGUUAGCGGUCUGUCUGGCUUAUGGGAUAGGUCCCUCAAUCGCCGGCCAGAUCGUGAAGCUUGUCGGAUUUUCAUGGCUAAUGUGGGGUAUUGCUAUCAUCAACGUUGCCUUCAGUCCUCUGUGCAUUCUUCUGAGAAAUCCUCCACUGAAAGACGAAAACAAGCCUAUACUAGAAAGCAUGGAGAAAAUGGCCAACUACUCAGAGAAAGAGCCGGAGUGAUCAGACAGGAUGAUAGAGAAAUCGUAACUGGACUGGGAAAAGAACACAAUUAAAUAUAACAUAAAACUGGACGAAAACAAACAUUAAUAUAUAUAUUUUUCAUUAUACCUCAUCUGUAUGAAGUCGAUUGAAUGUUUUGGCAAAAUAA